AUGACACCAGCCACGAUACCCAAAAAACUGGAUAGCCAGGCAGAUUCGUUGAUUGACAUGCGCAAAGGCGAUAAUACUGGCGGAAAACCCCAUGCUGAUGAUAGAUGGUUUCCUGACCUGGAUGCUUCAAGCGAUACACCCUUUCGAGAUCAGGUGGACAAGUUGGAUGCAAUUGAGUCGAAGCUAGACCGUCUUGUUCAGGGGAUCAUGGCCAAGAUUCUCUGGCUAGACGACAAGCUUCCCCGCGUUCCCCGCGUUAGGUAUGCAGCGACCGGGAUGGUGACCUUGACAUUCUUCCGCAAUCACGGUAUUCGGGAAAAUGCUCGAGUCAAUGCGUUCGUUGAGCGCUGGGGCCAUUGGUGUAAUGCUGGCCAAGAGUUUUGGACUGGGCCAAACGCUCUUGGACUUGAGAGGUUGCAGAAUGACAAGUUGGAUCAGACGGUGGAGACCUGGAGACUUCCAUGGACAUCUGGCGGUACGUAUCGAGCAUGCUGUGAGUUCAUUGGUCAACCAGCCCAGCGGAUUCCCGAAGAUGUGCGUGCCAUCCUUGCUUGCAGCUGCUUACCUGAUAUGGACCAAUCGCGGUCCCCCACGACCCCCGGGGACUCCACUCCGAGCUUGAUUCGACUCUUCACGUCUCAAUACUCCCGCAAUGCCUCCAAGCUCCACCUCGAAAUGCUGACCCGGCCGCCCAGACUUGAGCCAACAACUCCACCGCGGGAUGAUAUUGAUGGAUCUCGUUCUCAAUAUCUCCUUGUGGCUACUGGCAGCCCCCAAGGUAUCGAUUCCCAAAAGCCGGAUAUGACUGAGACCAUGAACGGACAAUGUCCCGAUCCAUGCACCCAUUCCGUCAUCAAACUUUGCCAGUCCGAAACCUCUCCGACCAUCCUCCAUGGGAAACUGUUUCCCGCUGACACCGAGUGGUCAUUCGCCGCCGCCCCAUCGCCAUUUUACCACAGCAGUUUGGUGGCUCUCUUCGCCAGCGCGGGAGAGAAGCGGAUCUACCGGGCUUCAAAGGACGGGCACUCCAUUGCGUUCGUUCCCCAAACUCUUGCGUGCGUCUCAUUCCCUUGGCAGUAUCAAGAGGUUGAGAGCGAUACGCCAUCUGGAUUACGGCCGGCCACCGAUCGGACACGGGAACAGCACGGAUGCCCACGGCGUCUAUCUAAUGGUGGCCACCCCCCGCUGGGCGGCCGCAUGGCACGAUACUGCACCGCACCUGUUGCGACCCGAAGGAUGGGCACGCCACUCAAGUCUCGGGCGCAAUAUCCGUAUAUGUCCAUAUCGACAGACGCUCACGGCGGUACUUGCAAACCUCGGUUUCGUCUGGAGAAGUCCAGCCAGAUUGAAAACGAAUACCUCGGAAUCAAACGCGAUAAGGUCCCGGCACUUGCAUCAACAAAACGCCAAGGUUCAAACAUUGGCAUGGCCAAUGUUGCCAAGAUCCCAUUUACACGCUGUCAGUCUCCAUUCUUCCCCCUGGCUUGGUUUCCCAUCUCGUUGUUGCACAGCGGUUCUAGGAUGGCCCCGACUCAAGCCACCUUGGGCGGUUACCUCCUUCUCACCCUUUGGCUCACCUUUGCACCAGCUAGUCUUGCUAAUCUCACCCAAGAUGAGAGCCUCUCCCCCCGGCACAUCAUUCUAUCUCUCCUUCGGAACUCCUCUCCUGGCUCCUCUCUUUUGGCUCCUCUCUUUUGGCUCCUUCCCCUCUUGAUCACGUCAAGCAAGCGCGCUUUUUUUCUCCCCUCCUCUGAUGCAUGUAUCAUUUGGCUUCUCUCUGGCCAAUCCAUCCUGCCUCUUCUCGCCGGUCCAAGAUUCCAGACAACAUCAGCCUAUACCUCUAACGCUCUUGAAAACUCUUCUUCCUCAUCAUCAGUCUCGUCUUCAGGCACGCAGGCUGACUUGACGGCUUACGCCAAGGCUCACGGAAGUCUUCACGCUCAGCGUUUUGGAAUUCUUGGUACGCCUUUGAGGCUCUCUCUACCUGGAAGGAACGCGAAGACACCUCCGUACGCAAGUUGCCUCCUACACAGCCUUGUUGUACAGCUCCAUCAUUAUUGUUGCAACCAAUUUCUCUUUUCUCUCUCCCUAGAACUCUUUCCUCAACUUCAUUUUCACCUCGUCCAUGAGAAAGUCAUAGCAUCAACUCAAGACUACUCUGCAUCGGUGCUAAUGGCGUCUCUCGCACCACCCCAGUUGCGCGUCGACACCCGCAAUUCUCGCGGGAAUGACAACGACGACGCGAUAACACCGUCACCUAUAUCGACGCACUCAAAUCCGUUUCUCACCCCGGCAAUCAGCGCUGCAACAAGUAUGCAUUCAACCGCUUUAACGGAAGAUCCGGAUACAGCUCUUCACCCCGAUCCCGGCACGGAAGGCGAGUUUGUCGUUGACAAUAAUCCUUUUGCUUUUAGCCCUGGGCACCUCAACAAACUUCUCAACCCGAAAUCUUUGGCCGCGUUUUUCGCGCUCGGCGGCCUGCGCGGUAUCGAAAAAGGAUUACAGACAGAUGUCAAAGCCGGUUUAUCCCAAGAUGAGGUGGGCGUUGGGGGCAGAGUAAGCUUCCAGGAGGCCACCGGCCAUCAGGAGCCCUCCUUCGCCACAUCCGGUGCACAGCCACCAGCCACAACACACCACGCUGAUGCCAAUGGUUUCACUGACCGAACCCGAGUUUACGGCAAGAAUGUCCUGCCCGCCAAGAAGGCGACACCCUUGUGGAAACUCAUGUGGGGUGCAUACAACGACAAAGUUAUCAUUUUGCUUACAGUCGCCGCCGCUAUUUCGCUUGCGCUUGGCCUUUACGAAACUUUUGGUGCUGAGCACGACCCUGAGGCAGGCCAGCCGGUUGACUGGGUUGAGGGAGUAGCUAUCAUCGCUGCUAUUCUUAUCGUCACCUUGGUUGGAUCUUUGAAUGACUGGCAGAAGGAACGAGCCUUUGUCAAGCUCAACGCCAAAAAGGAAGACCGAGAGGUCAAGGUUAUCCGAUCCGGCAAAUCGUACAUGUUGAACGUCGCGGAGAUUUUGGUUGGCGAUGUUAUCCAUCUCGAACCCGGUGAUCUCGUCCCUGUGGACGGUAUUUUCAUCAGCGGCCAUGACUUGAAGUGCGACGAGUCCUCGGCGACAGGCGAGUCCGACGCUCUCAAGAAGACGGGCGGUGAUGCCGUCUACAACGCCCUGCAAUCUGGAAACGCUACCAAGGACCUCGACCCCUUUAUCAUCUCUGGCGCUAAGGUUCUCGAGGGUGUUGGCACGUUUGUCUGCACCUCCGUCGGUACCAACUCUAGCUUUGGAAAGAUUAUGAUGUCGGUACGCACCGAGAUGGAGGCAACGCCUUUGCAGAAGAAGCUCGAGGGCCUGGCCAUGGCUAUCGCCAAGCUUGGUAGCAGUGCUGCCCUUCUCCUUUUCGUCGUCCUCCUGAUCCGCUUCCUGGCUGGCCUGGGCUCCAACAACAGCUCUGGCGCCGAGAAAGCUUCCACUUUCAUGGAUAUCUUGAUCGUCGCCAUCACUAUCAUCGUCGUUGCCGUCCCAGAAGGACUACCUCUGGCUGUAACUUUGGCUUUGGCAUUUGCCACCACCCGUCUAUUGAAGGAGAACAACCUGGUCCGUAUCCUUAGGGCAUGCGAGACGAUGGGCAACGCCACAACGAUUUGCUCCGACAAGACUGGUACUCUGACCACGAACAAGAUGACUGUUGUUGCCGGCACUUUCGGAUCUGCCAGCUUCUCCAAGUCGGUUGAGGGCGAGAAGACAAUCGGCGCCGUUGAAUUUGCUCAAUCACUUCCUACAGCUACGAAGAAGCUCAUCGUCCAGUCUGUCGCCAUCAACUCAACCGCUUUCGAGGGUGAGGAGGAAGGCCAAGCUACAUUCAUUGGUUCCAAGACCGAGACCGCCCUUCUCCAGUUCGCCAAGGACCACCUCGGCAUGCAGGGACUGGCCGAGACUCGUGCCAACGAGGAAGUUGCGCAAAUGAUGCCAUUCGACUCCAGCAAGAAGUGCAUGGCUGCCGUCAUCAAGCUAUCCGACAACGAGGGGUACCGCCUUGUAGUCAAGGGUGCUUCCGAGAUUCUCCUCGGGUACUGCAGCCAACAGGUCAACGUCAACGAUCUCUCCAUCUCGACUCUGGAGCAGUCCGACCGCCUCAACCUCGAGGCGACGAUUGACGCCUACGCCAAGCAGUCUCUCCGCACCAUCGCUCUCAUCUACCAAGACUUUCCCCAAUGGCCCCCUCACGGUGUCAACGCCACCAUCGAAGGACACGUUGAUCUCGGAGAUGUCCUCCACGACCUUGUCUUUGCCGGUGUCGUUGGUAUCCAGGACCCCGUCCGUCCUGGUGUUCCCGAAGCUGUUCGCAAGGCUAAGCAUGCUGGUGUUGUCGUUCGCAUGGUUACUGGUGACAAUGCUGUCACUGCCCAGGCUAUUGCCACCGAGUGCGGCAUCUUCACCGAAGGUGGUCUCAUCAUGGAGGGUCCCGUCUUCAGGAAGCUUUCUGUCGAGCAGAUGAACGAGAUGCUGCCCCGCCUGCAAGUUCUUGCCCGCUCCUCGCCAGAAGACAAGCGCGUCUUGGUCACCCGACUCAAGGCUCUUGGUGAAACCGUUGCCGUCACUGGCGAUGGUACUAAUGAUGCGCCUGCGCUCAAGGCAGCUGAUGUCGGUUUCUCCAUGGGUAUUUCCGGUACCGAGGUCGCCAAGGAGGCGUCUUCUAUCGUCUUGAUGGAUGAUAACUUCACCUCGAUUGUUACGGCCCUGAAGUGGGGAAGAGCAGUGAAUGACGCCGUGCAGAAGUUCCUUCAGUUCCAAAUCACGGUCAACAUCACUGCUGUUCUCCUCGCCUUCAUCACCGCCGUCUCCGAUCCCGACAUGGAAUCCGUCCUCACCGCCGUCCAGCUCUUGUGGGUCAACCUCAUCAUGGACACCUUCGCCGCCCUUGCGCUCGCCACGGACCCCCCGACCGAGAAGAUCCUCGACCGCCUGCCGCAAGGCAAGAAGGCGCCCCUCAUCACCAUCAACAUGUGGAAGAUGAUCAUCGGUCAGGCAAUCUUCCAGUUGACCGCUACCCUAAUUCUCCACUUCGCUGGUAACGCCAUCUUUGGCUACGACGCCCACAACGAAGACCAGCAGCUGGAGCUCGACUCCAUGAUCUUCAACACCUUUGUGUGGAUGCAAAUCUUCAACGAGUUCAACAACCGUCGCCUGGACAACAAGUUCAACAUUUUUGAGGGCGUGCACCGCAACUACUUCUUCAUCGUCAUCAACUGCAUCAUGGUUGGCGCCCAGGUUGCUAUCAUCUUUGUCGGUGGCAAGGCCUUCCGCAUCACACCAGGCGGUAUCAGCGGCGAGCACUGGGCCGUCUCCAUCGUUCUCGCAUCCGUCUCUCUCCCAAUGGCCGUCCUCAUCCGUCUCUUCCCCGAUCCCUGGUUCGAGAAGAUUGCAAAGACGGUCGGCAGACCCGUUGUUAUCGUCUAUCGCGCCCUCGGCAGGUUCUUCACCACAAUCGGUGCCGCUUUCCGUCGCAAGAAGACUACCGAGGCUGACGCCGUAUCCGAGGACGCUGGUAUUUCUUCAGGCUCUGAUGACGCCAAGGUCGCUGCGCCCGAGAUUGUCAUCUCCACCCAGGAGGAGAACACAAACACCAGAGAUGUUGAGAAGGCUCAGUGA